AUGUCAAAUAAAGAACUGGAGUUGAAUAAACAUGUGCAGUCAACAAGAUCAAGUAAAACUGAUAAACGUGAUGUGGAACUUACUGUAUUACAAAAAUUAAAUGAAGAAUACCCUUUAAGAGCAUCACUUGGAGUUAAUGAACAAGGAGAAAAAAGAAAUCGUACUGAAAGUGGUGAUGAUCAUGAUCUUAAUAUCUAUGGAUCGGGUACACCAAAAAGAACUCGAUCAAAUCAACGUAAAUCUCGUACAAUUACUAAUUCUUCUCUUAUAGCGACAGCUACAUACAAUUAUAAUCACCACCGACUGAAUAAUCGGAAUAACCAUUCGAAUACAAAUCAAUUAAUAGACAAUGUCGAUACAGGAAAUAAUAAAUUUAAAAUUACUAAUGAUGCAGUUAAUUAUGCAGUUAAACAAACAUUACCAAAUAUUAGAUUCAUAUGUGAGCCCAAAAUUGUUGAUCAAAAAGAUGCUUCAUGUUUAGUAAAAGAACUACUAAAAUUAAUCGAACCAAAUUACAAACAAUUUAAUCGGAAAAUAAAUGAUGCUUUUGGUUUUGAAACAUGGUUCAUUGAUAAGAAUGGUGAUUUAAUUUGUAUAACACGUAAUAUUGAAUUAUUAGUAUACUUAUGUAAUGUCGAAAGUGUUCCUAAUAAAAUAUUAAACACGAAUGUUACGGUUAUUUUACCAAAGCAUCUACCCCCUCAAAGAUCAAUUAUCAUUAAAAGUGUACCAAAUUCCAUUGACACUGAUGAUGUUAAAAAUGAACUCUUACAGAAAUACAAGACAAUUUAUGCUAUUGAAGACAUAUUAGGUACUAACAAUGGUAUUGUAUGUAUUGAAGGUCAUUGCCUUCAUCUAGUAGAAUAUCUUGCUGUUCCACGUGUGCUCUUUUGCCACCAAAGCAAUGAGCCUGGUCACAGCAAGAGACAGUACCAGUUCAACUAUGAACGUUGUAAACGGUAUGGUGGUGAUAGGAAGAAUGGCGAUCAUAAGGAGUGUACUAUUAAAUGUCACAACUGCAAUGGUGGUCAUUUAUCCACUGAUUUUAAAUGUCCGGAUAUUCUAAACUAUCGUCGAGAUCUUAUUAAAUACCUUCAACACCAUCCUGAAACACUACCUGAUGAUAUAAAAUUGUUUAUCCCUUCUCAAUACCGUCAACAAGGUGUUAAAACUAUUAAUAAUCAACGAUUAUCUACAUAUAAACCGUACUUUACAACUCAUCAAGAUGACAAAAUUAGUAAUGGCGAAUGGCCUUUACUACCUCUACCAACACGUUCUUCAAUACCUUGUUCUAAAUAUUCAUAUUCAUCAUCCUUUUCUUCAAAUAUUCUAGAUAAUAUGGUAAUUCAAAUGAAACAAAUCGAAAAUGAUUGUACAAUUGCUAAAGAAGAAUAUGAUAGAAAAAAUAUGGAAAUUAAAACUCAAGUGAAAACAAGCAUUAUACAAAUCCAGUCAUUAAUUUCAUGCUUCUCAACCAUUAUACAGAAACAAAAUGAAGCUAUAUCUAUACUCAAAAAUUCAAUCAAUGAAUGUUUGGAAUAUAAUCGUAUAACAAAUCAAGCAGUGUCGUUUAUGAUGUCUAGAUCUAAUGAUCAACAACUGGUCGAAAUGUCGAAACAAUUAACAUCAUUCCCUAUUACUGCACGUCAAGAAUCACUUGAUAAAAUUUUCUCUUCAUAUGCACUAGGGACUGAUGAUUUACUGAAAAAAAUAAUUGAUGUUACUAUGCAUUUACAUGAUAAUUAUAAUUAUAAUUAUGGUUAA